AUGCGCACUGUUCCCAGUGACGCUACAAAAAUGGAAGCAAUCGCUGACCUGCUGGCGCUGUACCGCUACAAGCACUUUGUGGCCAUCUUCACAGACGACCGGUUUGGGCGGAACGGCAUCAGCGUGCUCGAGAACAUUCUGCAGAACCGAUGGGGCUGGCAACACCCAAUAGUGGCGCGUGUGGCACUGAAGCGGGGGAGGGAGUAUGACGACGCGCGUUCCUCUCUCGAGAAGCUGCAGCAAGUGCGCACGUCAGUCAUGAUCAUCCAUGCUGGGGGCGACGGCCCUGACGCCGUGCUCAAAGCAGCGGUGGAGCUGGGCAUGUUCAGCCGCGGCUACGUGUGGAUCACCACGGAGCCCACCUCCCUGCAGUCCUUCACAUACGAUGGCGCCACCGCCUCCUUCAUGCCUCAAGUGCAGGGCCUCAUAUCAAUGGCGUCCUUUGUCCCGCCCUCGCCGGCCCUCACGGUCUUCCGAGCAGAGUGGAAGGAGAACAUGUCGGGGCAGGAGGGACCCACAUCUGCCAAGGCGGACGUUUAUUCACUAGCAGCAUACGAUGCCCUGCUGCUGGUGGCACAGGCAGUGCACAAUGUGCUGUCUGGGGACGCCACCGACAGCGCCGACUCCCAGAACGCUGUUGUCGAGCCCAUACCUCCGUCCCAAGGCCCAGGAGCUUAUAGCGAGGAUGGGGCUGGCAGUGGGAGUUUCCCUGGGGAUGGGAGUGGUGGUGUUGCUCGUGCUGCUGGUACCACUGGUGGUGCUGCCAGUGAUGUUGGUGCUGGUGGUGGGAGUGGCGCUGCAGCAAGUUCUGUCCUCGUUAGUAACAGUUCCGCUGCUGGCCAGGAGCCUGGCACGUGGACUCAUGUGUCCAUGCCUGUGGUGGCCCCUGGUGAUCCUGCCAGCUCUCUCAUCCCCAUUCUCGCUGGCGCGGCCAGGAGCAACUGUGAGUGUCUACGUGAAAUGGGCUACUGGUGCAUGGGGAAGGGCUUCACCACCUCCGAUGACCCACUAGCCCCAGCCGUGCAGGCCAACAGCUCUACAACACUCAACCUGCUGUUCCCAGGCAACCUUGACAAGGCUCCCUCCGGGUGGCUGGCACGCCAACAGGACCCGCUGCGCAUAGCCGUCCCAAACAAGAAGGGCUACAACCAGUUUGUUGAGAUCCUGCCGCCCACUGCCGCCCAGGGAAACGACCGCUUCACGGGGUUUUGUCUGGAUCUGUUCCGGGCGGCAGUGGCACGGCUGCCUUACGAGCUCUCAUACGAGUUUAUGCAGUUUGGGGAGGGCGAUGCCACCCCGAGUUACACUGAGAUGGUGUAUGCUGUGGCAAACAAUACAUACGACGGUGCCAUAGGCGACAUUGCGGUGCUCAAUUUCCGCAGCGAAGCCGUCGAUUUCACUGCCCCCAUCCAACAAUCAGGGCUGAGCCUGGUCUCCUACGUGGCACCAAACGACAACCCCUGGAUCUCCUACCGCCCCUUCUCCUGGCAAAUGUGGCUGCUGCUCGCCUGUCUCAUCGUGUUCACCGGCCUUGUUCUCUACUUCCUGGAAAGUUCCCACCCCGCGCAUCUGCUGCGGCGGGAUUACGACCGGCCACACCAAGAAGCCAUGUCGUACAUAUGGUGGGUGGUCACGUGGUUUGCGCUCAUGAUUGUCGUCUCCAGCUCCUACAUCGCCGCCCUCACUGCUGCUCUCGUUCUCCAGAAGCUGCAGCUCCCAAUAUCCAGCAUAUACGACGCGGCAGGGUCCGAUGUGAUGGUGGGCUAUCAGUACGGCUCUUUUGUCUACGGCUAUCUCGUUCAGCUUGGCUUUUCUCCGUCCCGCCUAGUGCCGCUGAACAGCGAGAAGGACUACUAUGAGGCGCUCUCAUCGCAGCAAGUGGCCAUCAUAGUGGACGAGGACCCCUACCUGAACGUCUUUGCCUCGCAGUACUGCCAAGUGCUCCGCGCCUCCCAGGCCUUCAACGUCCUCAACUCCGCCUUUGCCUUCCAGAAGGGCUCUCUCUUUGGCGCGGACAUCUCUCAGGCGCUGCUGGAGCUGGCACAGAAUGGGGAGCUGCAGCGCAUUCGCAGCAUGUACAUCAAGAACACGUCCAAUUGUGACAACGCAGCGUCGGUGAUGGUGGAGAAGGUGCAGAUCUCAGCCACCACCAUGGCUGGCCUUAUGAUCGUCUACGGGGCCUUCUCCCUGCUGUGCUGCGCUGCGUAUAUCGCCAUCAUCUUACACCGAGGACACCGCGCGCACAGGGAGCUGAAGCCUGAUGCUUUCAGGGAGGUGGGGGCAGAGGGCAAUUUCACUCCCUCAAAUCAGCCUGGCGGAUUUGAUGGUAACGGUGGGGGCCCGUGGCGUGCCGAACCUGAGGAGGCCGUGAGGUUCGAUCGAAUGGCAUUGGAUGGUGGGGAGGUGGCUGGUGAGUUGACUGGAAGGUCAACUCUCGAGGAGUUAGAAAGGCUGGUGGGGUUGAGCCAGAGGGUGGUUGCUGCUGAGGAGGUGACUUUUGAGUCAGCUGAAUGGUCAAAUAUUGAGAAUUCCGAAGGGGUGGUGGAGUUGGAUCGAAGGGCAGUUGGUGGUGGGCAAGCGCGUGAGGAAGCAGAAGGGCCGGUGGGGUUGAGCAGCAAGGCAAUGGGUGGCGAUGGCGAUGCUCGGGAACCAGAUGUGGAGACGGAGGGUGUGUGGCAGGAUGCAGAUACUCCUGGUGGUGAUGGUGGUGGUGAUGGUGGUGGUGAUGGUGGUGGUGAUGGCGAUGGCGAUGGCGAUGGCGAUGGCGAUGGCGAUGGCGAUGGCGAUGGUGGAGAUAACAGUGCUGAAGCAGAGAAGCAGAAGGAUGAAGCAGGUACGCAGAACGGCGAAGCAGACAGACGGAAGGAUAAAGUAGAUAAGGGGACGGGUGAAGCAGGUGGAGAGACGGAUGAAGCAGAUAGAGAGGCAUUUCGAGCGAAAAUGGCAAACUUGAAGGAAAAGUUCCAGCUGGGAGAGGAAUGGACCCGUGUGCGCAACCUAGCAUCCUACGAGGAUCUCCCGGCUCUCGCUGUACCCACGCCAUCCUCCUCCAGACUCACAUCACCAUCCCCCAGACUUGCAUUACCAUCCCCUCGGAUGAUGCCACCAUCCCUCCGAGUGACGUCACCAUCCCCUAGGAUGACGUCACCAGCCCCCAGAGUGACGUUACUAUCCCCUGGGAUGAUGUCACCGUCCUCCAGAAUGACAUCACCAUCCCCAGGUUCGGAUAGGCUGCUCCGUCGAUCUGCCUCAAACCGGUCUGUUCCGGACCUGCAGCAACUAGACUCUCCCAGCAGCAGCAUUCACCACCACCACCACCGGCGCGGGUCAGUUGGGAAUCUUCCGAGCAUGGAAUCUCCCAGGAACCUUCAGCGCCCGGAGCCUUCCAGGAACCUGCAGCGCCUCGCAUCUUCCCGGAACCUUCAGCGCCCCAAUUUCUCCAAGAAGAAUCUCCGUCGGUUCGAAUCUUCACGGAACUUUCGCUGGUUGGACUCUUCCCGGAACCUUCAACACACCAGGAGUGCGGCAAGUAUCCCUGACACCCCUAAUAUCCAGGCUAUGCUCUCAAAUAACCCAGCUGAUGCUAUGAGAUUCCAACAACGUCAGAGCCACAGUGGAAGGGUUCUUAGUUACAGCCAAACAGUCAUGAGCACAUCAGCAGCUGCGGCUGCAAUGGCAGCAGUAUCGUCUGGUGCUGCUUCCAAUGCUCGUGGCAUUGCCAUUGGCACCGUUGGUUCAACACCUACCAGUGUUGCUGCUGCUGCUGCUGCUGCUGUUGCUGCUGCUGAUGCUGCUGCUGCUGCUGCUUCUGCCGCUACCUGUGCGACCCACUCACACUUUCCAGACGCCUUCUCUCCCCGCUCUCCACACCCCUUCAGCAAGAGCAGGACCUUCAAGCGCAGCCCUGCUGCUUUUGACCUAUCCAGCACGAGCCCAUCCAGUUUCCACGCGCCACAACACCACCGCCCGCCAACCCUUAUUGCAACAAACCCCCGUUACAGCCCUCGUUACAACCCCACUCUACAAACCCCCACGACACGCCCAUUCUCCAAGAGCAAAACCUUCAAGUAUACCAACAGCAGCCCCUCCUUUAGCCUCACCAGCCCUUCCAGCCGAAGCCAGUCCAAACCUCCUCCCAGAAAGCACCUGUCUAGCGGGAACCUGUCCGGUCUGCCUCUGCAGCAGGGCACAGACCUGCCCAGUCGAGCCCUCCACCAGGUUCCACCUGGAAGGGGUCUGUCUCGGCACCUGUCGAUGAACCCUCGGACCAAUGCAGAUGGGAUGGAUGCGCUCACCAGGUAUGGAGGUGCAGGAUCGGCAGGUGUGGUGAUCAGGGAUGGACGAUCAGGGAAUGUGCUGGUCAGAGAUACAAGAUCGGCAGAUGUGCUUACAGCAGCAGCAGCUCUAUGCUCCUCAGACAAAGGCAAAGGCCCGGCUUUGGAGGAGGGGUCCCAAUCGCCAAGGCCCAGCUUGCCUUCGCGUGCGGCAGAAACCCUGAGGGUUGCUACUGCGGCACACGCACAGAGAGCGGUGGCUGGGGCAGAAGAACAACAGAGGGAUGCGGUUGGGGCAGAUACUGAAAACUUUGCGGGUGGGGCAGAUACUGAAAACUUUGCGGGUGGGGCAGAUACUGAAAACUUUGCGGGUGGGGCAGAUCCACAGGCAUCUUCCUCUGGAGAAGACUCACAAGCAGCGGGUUUCGGGCAGGAUCCACAGGCAGCAAUCUCUAGGUCAAAAUUGCUAGCACUGGCUGGUGGUGCUUAUAGCGAGGCAGGGCCUGGUUUUACCAGCGAGGGUGCUUAUAACGAAGGAGGGGGCGGGGCUUUUAGAGGGACCCCUUCCCCUGGAGUGUCCAGGAGAGGACAGCUGUCCAGGCAGACUCUGCGGGGGCAAGGCAUGAGAAGCUUCAAUGACAGCAUGUUUGCUGGUAGCAAUGCUUGUGAGAGCAGGUUUUCUGGUAGCAGCUCUGUCGAGAGUAGGUUUCCUGGUAAUAGCAGCUUCAGUGAAAGCAUGCUUGACGUGAGUGUGCGAGAGGAGGAAGAGGAGGAGGAGGAAGAGGAGGAGGAAGAGGAGGAAGAGGAGGGAGAGGAGGGAGAGGAGAGAGAGGAGGGAGAGGAGAGGGUGGGAGGUGGUGGGCGUCAGUUGGGGAGUGGUGGGCAUUAUUUGGGCAGUAGUGGGAGGAGUGUGUCGGUGACAGAGGCUACAGGAGCAAGCAGUGAGAGCGCCUUCAGCUUCAGCCGAACCUCCACUGCUACCAGUCUCUCGCUUACGCCGACUAGGAAUGUCGCUGCCGCUGCUGCUGCUACCCACGCGCUUGCUGCUUUUAAUGCGUUCAGCUCUGGAGGUCUGGGUGGUGCUGGUGUUGGUGGUGCUGGUGUUGGUGGUGCUGCUGUUGGUGGUGCAGGUGUUGGUGGUGCUGGUGUUGGUGGUGCUGGUGUUGGUGGUGCUGGUGUUGGUGGUGCUGGUGUUGGUGGUGCUGGUGUUGGUGGUGCUGGUGUUGGUGGUGCUGGAGGUGAUGUGAGCAGAAGCGUUGGUGAUUCUGCUGGUGUUUCUGGGACUGUUGAGGUGUUCCCGAUUAGCCGAGCAGACAUGGCCCAGGCCGUUAGUGCCGCCUCCUCUGUCUCCAUACGCUGUGCGUCUGUUGAGAGAGGCAGCGAUCUCAUUAGUCAGAAUAACAGAUUCUCGUCGUCUGCUGCUGUUCGCGGAAACGGCAAAUUGAUUCUGUCUGGAUCGAGCUCCAGAACAUGGCAACGCCAGGCCUUGAAAGCUUCUUCCACAGGAGCAUUGAAUGUGGUGAAUUCAGCCACCGCAGAGCCUCCGGCUGCUGACUCCGGCGAGAAAAAAACUCGGAAGAGGAAGACUGGCCGAGGUUCUCGAAUCAUCGGAACUGGUUCCGCAGUGCCAGAGAAGAUCGUCACCAAUGAUUUCCUCGCAACCCUGAUGGAAACGUCUGACGAAUGGAUCGCCACCCGUACCGGCAUUCGGAAUCGCCAUGUCCUCUCUGAGAACGAGUCGAUGACCGGCCUGGCUACAGAGGCUUCGCGAAAGGCUCUGGAGAUGGCUGGCGUGGACCCUGCUGACGUGGACCUGAUCAUCUUCUGCACAUCAACGCCCGACGACAUUUUCGGCGGUGGUUGCCUGGUUCAACGGGACCUGGGCUGCAAACGAGCUGUGGCGUUCGACCUCACUGCAGCGUGCAGUGGCUUUGUCCUCGGCCUUGUCACCGCCUCCCGGUUCAUCCAAGGAGGCGGGUAUGAGCGAGUGCUUGUGGUGGGAGCGGAUGGGCUGUCCCGAUACGUGGACUGGUCGGACAGGGGCACGUGCAUUCUGUUUGGCGAUGGCUGUGGGGCCGUGCUGGUGCAGGCUGCAGCAGAGGGGGAGAGCGACGGCAUGCUGGGCUUUGACAUGCACAGCGACGGCGCUGGCUCCAGGCACCUGCACGCGUGCUUCAGUGUGACGCCAGCACCGAUAGAGAGUGGGUCCAUUGCAGGGAGGGCGGUGGCGACGCCCAUAGUGAUGAACGGGAAGGAGGUCUACAAGUUUGCUGUCACCUCCGUGCCCCAGGUCCUACAAGCAGCGCUUCAGGAGGCAGAGCUUUCAACGGAUGACAUUGACUGGCUUCUGCUGCAUCAGGCCAAUCAACGGAUAAUGGACGCUGUUGCAACUAAGAUGGGCAUUCCUCAUGAGAAGGUGAUCUCAAACGUGGCCAAUUACGGCAACACGAGUGCAGCAUCCAUCCCCAUCGCUCUUGACGAAGCUGUGCGCAGUGGUAAAGUGAAGUCCGGGGACGUUAUCGCAACGGCUGGUUUCGGUGCUGGCCUUACGUUAAAACCGAUCAGGGACGACACCGUUACUAUCACACUGGACCCCGUUUCUAUCACUCCCGACUCCAUCACCUCCGACUGUUGCGGCAGUAAGGGGGGUUGUCGCAGCGACUGCAGCACCGUCGUGCUUCGACCGAAAUCCGUUGAAGAUCCGGCCAUAGUCGCAAUCUCCGGCUAUCCUGACGUUUCGCCUGCUUCCGUGGGCGUCGGUUCGGAAUUAUGUCGCCGGCUCUCCUGCCUCCUGCUGCUUUUUCUCGGGUGGUCGCUGAUCGUCGUCGUUAGCUUCGUAACGCUGCCGUCUAUCGCCACCGUUCAGAUCGCAUUGCAGUCGCCGGAGUCGCCUGCGACGCCUUUCGGUGGAGUCGCAGCCAAUGGGAGCGAACUCAGCGGCAUUUACGGGAACGGGUUCAUGAACAGCGGAAAUUUUCCGGGCAGCUUUAGCAGCAACGGGAGCAGCCCGAGCAACGGAACCCUAGUUGUGGAUCCUUCAGGUCAAGAUUUUCCCGCCAACGGCAGCACCACCACCAGCAGCAUCGGCGGGGGCAGCGUGUCGUUAUUUGCACCAGAUAAUCCUCUCUUCAACGCAUCUUCGACAGAAUCGAAUCCAUAUCCGUCUAGUUCCGAAUCUUCCAACGGCAAUACGACAACUGUCGCAUACGCAACGCUCCACAUCCCCCACAGUAUCUCAGACCUCCAAUCCAUGCGAUCUACACUCAACCUCUACAUGGCAGCAUACCCUACAAGAGUGUACUUCACUUUCGUCAACUUUUACCUCUUUAUUCAAACCUUCCUAAUUCCGGGAACCCUCCUCUGCAACAUCUUAGCUGGGUCGCUCUUCGGCUUCCCACUCGGCCUCUUUACAAUCUCGCUCUUUAUAACCAUCGGCGCGUGCCUCUCCUACGCCGUAUCGCUUUUUAUUCUUCGCGACGUGGUGUACUCGUACUUCACGGAGCGCUGCGAUUGGCUGCGACGCGAAGUCCAGCGCCACCAGAGCUGCCUCGUUUAUUAUAUCAUCUUCCUUAGAAUCACACCCGUGCUUCCCUCCUGGGUCAUCAACCUCUGUGCUCCGGUGGUCGGACUUCCCUUUCCAACCUUUGUUAUAGGCACAUUCCUGGGUUUCUUCCCGUACAAUGUGAUACAAGUGAAGGCUGGGUGCGUACUCUCUACAAUCAACUCCGUUUCAGACCUCUACGAUCCUGCCACCAUCGCCAUCUUCUGCCUGCUGGGAGUGCUCACGCUCAUUCCCAUCCUCGCUAAGACGAAAUUCGCUAAGAGGAUGUGGGACAGGAUAGCGCACAGGAGCGGGAAGGCAGGAGCAGAGGAGGAGCAGAUGAAUGUGGAAGUGGAGGGUUUGAAGGACGAUGGGAGGCGCGAAGGGUGCACACAUUAG